AUGAAGGGAAAAGGCCUUAGCACAAUACCCAUUCCAGAUAUCAAAGAAGAGUUGGAGAAAAUCAAGGUCUUCCUUGACGAAUUUCAUAGAUGGAUCGAUGACUAUCUUAGCAAGCUCGUCAUUUCUCCUCACGGUACCUCUAUUAAUGAAGCAAAGACCUUAACAAUUGAAUUCUUGGGUUGUCUGGUACGAUAUUCCACGGAAACGCUCCCAGAUUUUUACAUGGUCGUUGAUCAAAUCCGGGCUUUGAUGAUUCGUUACGAGCACACCUUGGAGGUCUUCAUCAGUGGAGCUAAUGAUACUAUUUCAUCCUUACAAGUCCUAAUCGAUUUGGUUUCGUUUUUUCGGCAAGAACAUAUAGAAACGGCGAAGGUGUUUCUUAACAUUUCUCUGAGGGCACAAAGGCUUAUUGACAAAUACAAGGCGGCCUCUCAUGAUCACACUCAGAGCACUAAGAAAUAUGGAAUUGCUGGCGCUACUGGGCUGGGGAUUGCUAGCGCUGGGCUGGGCGCCUUUGCCUUUGUGACUAUGCCCUACUCGCCUUUGGCCAUCGUUUUAGGCGCGACCCGUCCUGUCCUUACAGGGACGACCCAUACUACCCUUACAGGGGCGAUCCAUGCUGCCCUUACAGGGACAACCCAAGCUGCUGUCCUUGCAGCGGUGUUCGCUGGUGCCGGGAGUAUCUGCUCUUUAUCGGUAUCCGCGCACAACCGGGACGAGGCUAGGGUUUAUAGCCUGGGAGCCACCAAUAUGCAAGAGCUGGACAGGUGUAGCAAGGAGAUCAAAGAGUCCAUUUUUGAAAUCGGGAACAAACUCUCUGCUUGUAAGAACUUACUAGAAGGGGUGAAAAGCCAAAGCAAGCCGAUCACCGCCGGCAUGUAUUCGGAGGAUACCCAGAGAGAAGAAUACAGGCUUGCGAAAGGCAAGACAGUGGAGAUGAAAGAGCUCUGUGAUAGCGUCGAUGGCCAUCUUAACGAGCCGGUAGUUUCUCUUUAUGCAACCACCACUAGUGAAGUAAAAGUCUUAAUGAAUGAUUUCUUGGGUUUUCUGGUAAAAUACCCCACGGAAACAGUCCCAGAUCUUUACAGGGUCCUUGAUCGAAUCCAAGCUUUGAUGACUCGUCAUAAGGACACCUUCGUAGUCUUCAUCGAUGAGGCCGAAAACACCAUUUCACCCUUACAUGGCUUGAUCGAUUUGGAUGCCCUUCACGACCACACUGAGAGCGCUAAGGAAUACAGAAUUGCUGCCGCUGCGGUGGGUACCCUUGCCUUUGUUGUUACAAACCGUCCACUGGCCAUCGCUACAUGGACGAUCAAAGUUGCUGUCCUUACAGCGGCAGCAGCUGGUGUCGGAGGUAUUGGAGGUAAUUGCUGUUUGUUGGCAUAUAAUGACGAAACCAUGGAUAGGAUCUAUAACCUGGGAGCCAUCAACAUGCAGGAGCUGGACAGGUGUAGCAAGGAGAUCGAAGAGUCCAUUUUUGAAAUUGGGAUCAAACUCGAUGCUUGUAGGGAAUUACUAGAAGGAGUGAAGAACCACAGCAAGCUGAGCACUGCCGGUAUGUAUUCCGAGGAUAUCCAGAAAGAAGAAUACAAGGUCGCAAAAGGCAAGGCAGUGGAGAUGAAAGAACUCUCCGUCUAUAGGAAUAAGCGUUUAUCGCUAUCUAUUGUUGGCCAAAUAGUGUUAAUAGUGUCGGAAGAAUAA